AUGGCGGCCAAUUUCUGGCAGUCCUCUCACAGGUGCGACGUCCUCAUCUCCCUUCCUGUCUCUCUUCCUUCUCCCUCCUUCCCUCUCCCUCUUUCCCUCUCCCUCUUUCCCUCUCCCUCUUUCCCUCUCCCUCUUUCCCUCUCCCUCUUUUCCCUCUCCCUCUUUCCCGCUCCCUCUUUCCCUCUCCCUCUUUCCCUCUCCCUCUUUCCCUCUCCCUCUUUUCCCUCUCCCUCUUUCCCGCUCCCUCUGUCCCUCUCCCUCUUUCCCGCUCCCUCUUUCCCUCUCCCUCUUUCCCUCUCCCUCUUUCCCUCUCCCUCUUUCCCUCUCCCUCUUUCCCUCUCCCUCUUUCCCUCUCCCUCUUUCCCUCUCCCUCUUUCCCUCUCCCUCUUUCCUCUCUCUCCGCACCCCCUUUUCUCCUCCCCACCCCCCACCCACCGUCAAUUGCACGCGCCUGCUGCAGCCUGCGCUGCUGGCUCCCCUGCUCCUUUCCGCGACCCUUCCUUCGCCCCCGUUUCCCCGUUUCCCCUCACGCUUUCCCCGUUUUCCUCCCCACGCAACUCUUUGCCCCUCUCCCCACCUCUUCCUCCUUCUCGCCCCACGCUUGUCCCUCCAACCCCGCACCUCCCUCGCCCUCACCCCCCCUCUCUCCCAACAACAAACUACUAUAGCCACUAUAGUAGCUUGCUGUGUUGCGCACCACCACUGCGCCGUGCAGUGGCGCGGUUGCUCAAUCGCCCCCGCCUCCCUUCCCCCCCCUUCCCCUUCCCCUUCUCCUUCCCCUUCCCCUCCCCCCACCAUCCCCCCCGCAAGCGGCUAUUGGACCCGGGAGCAGUCAAGCAGCUACUGGACCCAGGCGCAGUGGCGCGCUUGCUGCAUGCGGAGGACGACCGCAUGGGCCUCUCGCCCUCUGACGUGCGCCUGGUCAAGCUGCACAUGUGUGACCACCUGGCAGUCUUGGCUCACCGCCUCAACCUCCGCCAGAGGGUUGUGGCCACCGCCAUCGCCUACUUCCGCCGCGUCUAUGUCAAGAAGUCGUUCGCGGAGGUGGAUCCGCGCCUGGCAGCACCGGCAGCGCUGUACGUGGCAGCCAAGGCGGAGGAGUGCACCGUGCAGGCUGUGAAGCUGGUGCACCGCAUGAAGAGCCACGCGUGCAUGUGCGGGCAUGGCGCCAUGGGCUACGAGGUGAAGGACAUACUAGCCAUGGAGAUGCGGCUGCUGCAAGCCCUCUCCUUCAACCUUAUCGUCUUCCACCCCUAUCGUCCCCUCACCACGUACUUGGAUGACGUCAGCAGAGCUCUCAACUUCUCUGCAAAUGUGAAGGAGGAAUUUGCACAGAUGGCCUGGUCAAUGGUGAACGACUCAUUCAAGACGGACCUGUCGCUGUGCCACCCGCCGUUCAUCAUCGCCCUGGCAUGCAUCCACCUCGUUGCUCUCAUGCGCCACCUGCCCCUCCUGCCGUGGCUUGAGGGCCUGCGCGUCGACAUGCACCGGGGGCUUGGGCUUAUGAUCAUGCAUGGUGCAUUGCAUUGGAUUGCCCUCAUGCGCGUUUGUUCAUACACUGGGCAUGGUGUGGAGGUGCAUGGUGUGAAAGGCACGGUUGAGGUGAGCAGCAGGGCUAUCACCAGUGGUGUUGCAGUGCCGUCAUCGCUCUUGGACCCCAUCAUCCCUCCACCUCUUGCCCUCAUCGCCUCCUCCGCCCAUCACCCCUCCAGUGUCAACAGCUCUCUUGGACCUGUACGAGGAGUUCUCACCACCCCCUUUCCCUUGUCACAUCAACCUCUCACCUGUCACCCCCUCCCCUCCUCACCCACCACGCAGGUGAGGGCAGUGUCAACAGCGCUCUUGGACCUGUAUGAGGAGUUCUCAUCGCUCACAGAGGAUCAGAUCUCAGCUGCGGUCGGCAAACUGCCCAUGCGCCUGCCCUAG